AUGGAAUCUUAUAUUAAAGUGCAAAACAAUAUAUAUGAUCGAAUUACAAAAGCUAGAUCUAAUUUUAAGAAAUCGCCUAAAGAACGUUUAGCGAAUGAUGCGUAUUUAGCGACAAGAUUGGAUGCGCUUGAGGAACUUUGGUCUCAGUUUUUGCAAACUCACACGCAAAUUAUUCAAGUUUCGGAAAGUGAUAAAUUGAACGCUACUACUUAUGUCAAAGCUGAUACAUAUGGCAAUUGUGAAGAACAAUAUAUCGAUUAUAAGUAUGAGUUGCGGGAAGCUCGAGCUAAUUUAACAGUUAAAUCAUCCACUGUACAUCAUGCGCUAGAUGGCAGUACCACAGCUACAGAUUCGAAUCAACAAGGUUUUAAAUUACCAAAGAUUGCUAUCCCACAUUUCUCCGGGAAAUAUGCAGAAUGGACGAGCUUUCGAGACCUGUUUUUGUCAUUGGUACACAGUAACCCUACAUUGGAUGACGUUCAACGCUUACAUUAUUUAAAAUGUCAACUCACUGGAGAAGCGGAACAGUUCUUGCGACACAUACCAAUAACUGCAGAAAAUUAUAAGUUAUGUUGGAAACAGCUUGAAGAUCGGUACAGCAACAAAAAGUAUCUUGCUUUAGUGUAG